AUGAUGCGCCAACCGGGUCUCGUUGACGGCGUCAAAGAUGCCAAGAAGCGAAAGCUGACGAGUAAGACCCUGCCGAACGCGCUGCAGCAGGCGCCCGAGUUCGCCGAGGACUCGAAGAUGUACCGGGACCUGGUGGAGAUGGAACGUAAGCUCGACUGGACGAUUUCGCGGAAACGCGUCGAGAUUCAGGAUGCGCUUGCGCGGAGUCCUUCGACGACACGCACGCUGCGGAUCUUUCUCAGUCAUACGACGUCGGGCCAGGCGUGGCAGAGCACCGAGGGCGCUGAUCCGACGGUGAACUUGGAGACGGGGGAGGGUAUCCCGGCGUGGACGCUCAAGGUGGAGGGGCGGUUACUCGAGAUACCGAACCAGCGGUCGCGAGACAAGGUGCCUCCGCGCAAGUUCUCGACGUUCAUCAAGCGGCUGAUUGUGGAGCUGGACCGCGACCCGAGCGUGUAUCCGGACGGGAACAUUGUAGAGUGGCCAAGCCAGCCAAACACGCAGCCUCCCCUUGAUGGGUUUACGAUUCGACGGACGGGCGACGUGCCCACAAAAUGCAGGGUGCUCAUGUACCUCGCGCAGUACCCUGAGCAAUUCAAGAUUGCGCCAGAGCUAGGAAAUAUACUUGGUAUCACGGAAGAGAGCCGGUUAGGCGUGAUACAGACACUAUGGAACUAUAUCAAGAUCCACGGGCUGCAGGAUAAGACUGACCGCCGGCGGAUACGGGCAGACGAAGCUCUAAAACCUAUUUUUGGUGGAGAGGGGACGACGUUCUAUCAUCUCCCGGAGCUGGUCAACCGAUAUCUCAUGCCGCCAGACCCCGUCGUCCUCUACUACACCCUUGAUCCCACCGUACCCCCACCAGAGCGACCGUCUGCAUGGGACAUUGAACUGAAGGCGGAGGACUCGAACCUGAAGAAUCGGAUGGCGGUGUCCAUCCAAGCGAGCAAGGAAAGCACGCAGGAUCUCAGCAAACUUGACGACGAGAUCGCGGUGCUCGUGCAGUCGCUGCAGAACUCCCACACGAAGCGCGUGUUUCUGCAGAGCUUCGCGAAGGACCCGGCGCAGUUUAUUCAGACGUGGCUCGAGUCGCAGUCGCGCGACCUGGAGAGUGUGCUUGCGAGCGGGCCGAGCGAGGGCGCGACGAUCCGCGCGGAGGAGCUGAGGCGGAGCGAGUUCUUUAGGUUGCCGUGGGUGGACGAGGCGGUCGCGGUGCACGAGGGCAUACGGCAUGCGAAAGGGCCGCAAUGAUGUGUUGAUGUUGCGCAGGCGCUGCUUCUUUCAGCUUUAUCCUCUUGUAUUCCUUUCUGCACAUUCUUUGAGAUGACAUAUAUACUGUCUUGUGUUUCUUGCUAUCCUGACGUUGCCUCUUAACUAGACGUGAC